CUCUGAAAGAGAGAGAGAGCGAGACAGAGAGAGCUAUUACUCUCAACCUCACUGCGUUCAUGGUAUCAAGCUCCUGAAUGUAUUUCACAAAUCUGGAAACUUCGUCUAACAGAAACUACUAAAUUUAAAUUGAUCCUGAAACUGAUUGCUGUUUGCUUUGAGAUGUGAGACUACGAAGACUUCACUAUGAGUAAAUCAAAAGACAGCAACCCCACAUCUUUCACAAUGGAGACGGAUGACAGGAAGGAUGAAGAGAGGUCAAAAAAAGUGAAGAAAAAGGAUAAGAUGCCCAUGGACACAUAUUUCCGGGAAGAUGCAAUGGAUGACACACCGAGAAUUAAAUUUAACUUACACUUUGAAAAGGGAAUUAGACAUGUGAAAGAGGAACCAGGAAAAAAAGCUGAGGCCUUUACCGUCAAGAAGCUGUUUGAAGCCGUUUCCAGUGGCGAUGUCUCUAAACUGCAGGGUUUACAUGAGUACCUGCACAAAAACUUGAAACAUCUCACCGACUCCCAAUAUAAGCCCAACGGAAAGACAGCCUUGCACAAAGCUCUUUUAAACUUGAAGGAUGGUGAAAACGACACUAUUGAAUAUCUGCUCGACAUUGCAGAGAAGAUGGGAGAUUUGACGAAUUUCAUCAAUGCUGCAUACACAGACAGUUUCUACAAAGGUCAGACAGCUCUACAUGUUGCCAUCGAAAGGAGGAGUGCAAAGUUUGUACACAUGCUGGUUAAGAAAGGUGCUGAUGUCCACGCUAUGGCCUAUGGGAAAUUCUUUCAGCCCAGUGAAGGGAUGUGCUUUUAUUUUGGUGAGUUGCCGUUGUCACUGGCCGCUUGUACUAAUCAGUCAGACAUUGUGGAUUUCCUGAUGGAAAACCCAUAUCAGCCAGUGGAUGUCACUAAAAAGGAUUCGCAUGGAAACAUGGUGCUUCACGCUCUAGUAGCCAUAGCAGAUAACAGCAACGAGAACACAGAGUUUGUCAUUGCCAUGUAUGACCACAUCUUAAGGAAAGUUGCUCAACUCCACCCUAAGACAAAGCUGGAGGAAAUCGAAAACAAUCAGGGAUUCACAUCGAUCAAACUAGCAGCCAAGACCGGAAAAUUUAGGUUGUUUAAGCACAUAGUGCAGCGAGAGUUUAAAGAUUGCAGGCAGCUGUCUCGGAAGAUCACGGAGUGGGCAUAUGGUCCAGUUUGCUCCUCAAUUUAUGAUCUCGACUCCCUGGACAGCUACGAGAAGAACUCUGUGCUGGAGAUUGUUGUUUAUGGCAGCGAGAUUCCUAACCGCCUUGAGAUGCUUCAUAUUGAGCCCCUUAAUAAACUACUUGAAGAGAAGUGGAAUAGAUAUGCUAAAUGGAUUUUCUUCUUCAACUUCAUUGUUUAUCUUGCCUACCUUCUCAGCUUUACAGCAGUAGCUUAUUACCGGCAAGAAGGAAAGAAGCCUCCAUUUCGUUAUGACAAGGAAAGUAGGCACCUGUACUUUACAGGACACAUGAUUAGUGCCAUUGGAGCCCUUUACUUCUUUUUUAGAGGGUUAUUAGAUUUGAUCAGGAAGCAUCAGAGAUUUCAGUGCCUGGGAGACGGAUACUCUGAUCAACUUUUUUUUCUGCAGGCUCUGCUCUUUAUAGUGUGUGCUGUACUGUAUUUUUGUGGUCAAGGGGAAUAUCUGGGCUUUCUGGUUUUGAGUCUUGCUUUGAGCUGGCUAAAUCUACUCUACUUCUCCAGAGGAUCCAAAUUUAUGGGAAUCUACAGUGUCAUGAUACAAAAGAUGAUUAUUGGAGAAAUUAGGAGAUUCAUUGUUGUGUAUAUGGUCUUUCUCAUUGGAUUCUCGGCAGCUGUGGUAACACUUCUUUAUGGUCAUCCAAGACCUGUGGGUGUUCCUUCAAAGGGGCGUUCCUUUUUCAAGCAUUAUAAUACUACUGGAGACUGUGUAAAACCAAAAUAUGAGAAUAUCUCCCGCACCACUCUGGAGUUGUUCAAGUUUGCUAUUGGCAUGGGAGAUCUGGAGUUCACAAAUCAGUAUGAAAACCAGGCAGUGUUCUAUCUGCUGCUAAUCUUGUAUAUAGUGUUGACCUACAUACUGCUGCUAAACAUGCUGAUCGCACUGAUGAAUAAAAGCGUGGAGGAUACACACAAAGAGAGCACCAGUAUCUGGAAACUACAGCGUGCAAUGAGCAUCUUGGACAUGGAGUGGUUUUUUCCUUGUUGUCUUAAAAAUAUGCUGCGCUCAGGGGAAGAAAAAGACCUGGGUGAUGGACUGGAAUCUGAUCGACGAUGGUGCUUCAGUGUGGAGGAAGUUAACUGGAACCAAUGGAACAGAAACCUGUCUAUAAUCAAUGAAGAUCCUGGGGGCUUUUGCACGAGUGUACCUUCCCCAUCUAAACCCAAAAGAGAUAUCAGCCGGCUUGGACUCCUCCCGGUUUUCAGUAAGCGGUGGACACAAAGACAGACACCACGCAGUGAUGCGCACGAGCUCCUCUAGCUGAAGUCUCUACUAGCGCCCUCUGAUGGUCUCAUAACAAACACCGUCACUAAACAGUGUGAAGCCUGGUUUAAGGCUCAUUAUAAGAACAAGCUGUUAAAAGUAUUUAAUCUACUGAAAGUAUAUGUGCAAUCAAAUAAGAUGAAUUUAAUAGUGGGUAAAACACAGGGUCAAUGUUUUUUCACUGAACUUUCAGUGGUCCAGGAAUGACAAGCUUUGGUUGGUAAAUUAUUACCAGUUUGUAAGAGUUUAUGUGCACUACCAUAAGUGUGCAAAUCAUAUUCUGGUAAAGCGAUGAUGUGAUGUAAACAUUUACAAAUGUGUUGUAACCCAUCACACUGCAUACAAUUACAUAAGCUCCAAGUCUUUAACAGAAGGGAAUUUCACCAAUUUAUUGCAAAAAAUUGCACAAUAUGUUUUUAAUUUAAUAUUUUAACAUUCUGAUUUAGCCUAAGCCUACCUAUAAGCAGGGUUGGAAAUGGCAUAAAAUUCACUUUACACAUUACACAUUUUAGAUGACUUCUUAGAAUACAUUUUAUGUUUCCUCCUAUGUUUUCUUGAGUAUUUAAAGAGACACAAGGCAAGUCUGAGUAUUAUUUCUCUACUAGCUCCCCCUAGUGUCUGGGAGUAAAUGCUUUCUAUAUCUGAGAAUUUACGAGACUGAAGGACACCGGGUCGGAUACAGCGAACUUGCAAGUGGGGUAUUCUUCCUACAGACGGUAGGGGCGGGCGAGAAAGUCUUCAUUCGUCAUGUAAUGAGUCAUUUAAACAUAUACCGACUUACGAAGAUGAUUUAUUAACAUAAAAAUGCUGCCUUGUGUCCCUUUAAGUCACACAAACAAUUUAACCAUUUUCAGUUAAUGGAUAUUAAUGAAUAUGCAUUUGAAAAUUCUGAUGUGUUAAGUGACAAGCUUGAUGAUGCCAUUUUAAAAUAAUAGUUGCAAUAAAAAACUCAUUAUGUGGAGUAAUCUUUAAAUGCUAUUAAAUAUAAUUUCUUUUCAAAUCCACCAUUUCAAAAAUUCCAACCAGAACGAAAGUCUCUCUCUGUACUCCGUCCGCCCAUUUCCAGCCCUGCCUCAGUUCCACUACAGCCCACUGUUUGGUUAGAUGUGAAAUACGUUUGUAUAUGUCGACCUCUUGUGGUACCGCUUGGUGUUUCUCAUGAAUGUCAAAGAGGAUGUUACAGAUAAUAUUUAGCAUCACUGUUUUCUGGUCAGCUCACAGAAAGACUGUUAUAUACUAGUCAACAUUUGAAGUGGAUCAAAAACAUUCAUCAAAGUUGUCCUAAGACAAGAACGGGUAUUGGGUAUUGGUUUUAAGACAACUUUUAGGAAUGGUUUUGAUCCACUUCAAAUGUUGACUAGUGUAUAUCUGUCUAGUUGCAUUCUUACUACCACUACAUUGUAAAGUGUUUACGCCAGGGCUUUUAUACUGGCCAUUAAAGUUCAGUGUUCAUUA